AUGAGUUCAUCAUCCCAGCACAGCAGCACCAACAAUGCAUUCAUCACCCUCUUGACCUCUGACCAUUAUCUGCCAGGCGCUCUCAUCCUGGCAGAAUCGCUUCGCCUCACUCAUGGUCUACCCAAGAGAGGCAAAGCCAGAGUAAACGCUCCUACCCGCAACGGCUCAAAUGCAAAUUUCCAGAUCGUUGCGCUCAUAACACCAGAUACUCUAUCGGUCCAGUCGAUAAAGGCGUUGCGGCGCAGUGGUCUGUUUGACUGGAUCGUCGGCGUUGAGCCGAUCGGGUUCCGGCAGAUCUUGGCUUCUUCUUCCUCUUCUUCUUCAGCACCAGCGCAACUUUCAGCUGGCACCAGUACAGCUACCGAGUCAAGGCCAUUGUUUCCUCCGAUGCUCGACUCGGAGCUCAAUACCAAAAUCAUGGAGAUGGAGAAGAAUCUCGUACUGCUCGGUCGACCUGAUCUCACCAAUACCUUGACAAAACUGCAUGCUUGGAGACUGGGUCGCGAUUCUACUCACCUUGUUACCCAAGGUGCCUCUUCCGGGCUUGAUGGCUCCAGCCCAACAUGGCAAGGCUUUGACAAGCUCGUCUUCCUCGAUGCAGACACCUUGGUGCUUCGUCCUAUCGACCAUCUCUUCGAUUUUGGUCCUCAAGUCAAGUUUGCCGCUGCACCCGACACUGGCUGGCCGGAUGCGUUCAACAGUGGAGUCAUGAUGCUCACACCUUCUAGCGACACUUUUGAAGCCAUUCGAUCUUUCGCUCGCAGCACUAGCUCGUGGGAUGGUGCGGAUCAAGGGUUGCUCAACGACUUUUUUGGACCUGAAGAUGGAUCUGGAGACUUGCCUGACGAUGCACUUUCGCAAUCAGCUCCAGGUGGAGGAUGGAAGAGGUUGAGUUUCCGCUACAAUGUUACCAGUCACGGUGGCUACACCUUCGCACCAGCAUACCAACGCUAUGGAAAGUCGAUCAACAUUGUCCAUUUCAUCGGUCAACACAAGCCUUGGAACCGAUCAAGACCAACCGGUAACGCUCAGCCCAAUCCUCUAGUCGGACCUCGCGACCUCGACAGUCAAUCCAUCACCCCUGAUCAACCCGACUAUCUGCUGGCGUUGUGGCACAGCGCUUUCGCCUCGCUCUAUCCUACCUCAGGAUCUGCUUCGCCAGAUAGCGAGAUCGAGAUUGUUCACACAGAGCGUGGUGUCGAGGUGGUGGAGCUUCCGAGGUUCACCUUGCCUACCUACCAUGCUGUGUGGGACGCAGAGGCGCGCGAAGAGGGUGCUCCAGGAUAUGCAGGCGAAGGCGGCUAUGCAGCAGGUGCAUAUGGACGAGGACAACACCCACCGGCAUGGGAAGCAUCUUAUGCCAGUUUGCCACUUGAUGGACGAAGCUCCCUUAUCGCUCCCUCACCCGAGGUCGCACGCACACCUUCCCCUCCUACGCCUACACGAGAGUCGAUUGAUGCUGAGGCGCGAUCCAGUGGAGCCGCUGCAGCCGCUGCUCCCAUCCCUAUUCCAGGUCGUGCAGCCAACAAGAAAGGCAGUGAUGACAGCGACAACAACUCACCCGAGCACUUCUCACCUCCCAAGCUGUCAUGGAACCCCGCAUACGAACCACCACCCACAGGUCCUGACGCGUCUCUCUACCAGAUGCGCAACCCAAUCGAUGCCUUCUAUUCGAACGUCUGGGAUGCUCGCCAAAAGACGCCACGCACCCUCGCUGAACAGAAAGCUGCAUUCUUCGUGCCCCAACAAUCACCCAACAAGCAAAAAGGCGGUCGACCACAAGGCGGACCUGGUUACAUCCCUGCUCAGCUCCGACGCGAUCAUGUGUUCGACAAUUUGGGCUCUGCGAAGCCUGACCCAAGCAAAGUCAAGCCGAUCUUCCCCUGGGAGAGGCAGCAGCAGACAGGAGGUGCGCCUAGUCGUGUAUUCCCCGAUGAACCACGUCGACGUUCCUCACCUCCGCAGCAAGCGGAUUCCGCUCAGACAACACCUAAGCUGGGUAGCGAUGAACAGAACCGAGUAGGUCCAGCAACAGCAGCCGCUGCUGCAGCACAGCAUUCGAGAGGGUUACCUGCUAACCUAGCUUUUGUGAACGCAUGGGAUCGGGAUGGAGUGAUCGGAAACUUUGCCAGCCUUUGGAAUCGUCGGUCGCAACCAUCUCCUUCGCCUGAGGGAAGGCGGUCUCGUGCUGUUGCUGAGCAGGAGCGUGCUGGCUCUCGCGAAUCUAGUUCGACAAGACAAGCACGGUCGGGCGCAAGCCGGCAAGGUUCGCCGUCGAAUACGUUUCGACCGGCUCCUCUCAAUCUUGGAGGUGAACAAAGGUCGAGUUUGGUAGUGGAAGAGGAUGGGCGCGAGGGCGAAGCGUCGGAUUCCCGGGAUGGUGAUGAUGAAUCCUCCGAUGAUGACGAGUCUUCCGAUAAGGAUAACGAGAACGAACAGCCUACUCAGUCGACAGCCAGCACGCCCAGUACAGCGAGACGCAGUACUCCUUCCCCCACCAUCUCUCGUUCUGGGUCGAACCGAACUCGCGAAGGACCCGGGAAAGGGUACAUGCGGAAAGCCGAGUCCUCAAUGUAUGCUCAGAUGCGUUCCCCCCGCAUGACCUCGCGCGUUUUAUCGUAUACCAGUACGGCCACUGAAGGCGAAGGUACCCGAAGUGGUGGCGCUGGUAAUGGUGGUGGUGGCGGUGGGAAAUUCAGCCCCAGCAGCAGUGCCUCCAACUCCACCGUCACAGGCGAAGCAAGACAACGCGCACGAGACCGCAUUCGCCCUGAUGGCUGGAUCUCUUCCAGUUCGGGAUCCGGAAUGAGUUCUCCACCCAAAACCCGUGAAAUGACCGCUUCCACCCUCCGCGGAAUUCCCGGUGUUAGACCAGCACCUCCUAUCCCCGCCUCCUCUUAUCCCGGAAUGGGAACCAGAAGAUGGGGUGAGAACUCGAGCAAUGAAUCGCAGUCCGGCGAGAGCGGGGCUAACUCCCCUACAGCUUUGCUAAGUCCGAGUUUGGGGGUGAGUUUCAGCGCCAUGCCGAACGGCUCCAGGGGUGUAGGAGGGAUGCGGAUGAGAGGAGCGGUACCAGUACCACCGAGUUUGGACGAACCGUUCAGUAGUAGCCCCAUGAAUAGUAGGGGAGAGUUGACGCAACAAUUGAGGACUCAUCAACAGGCUCAGCUUGCUCAAUAUAAUCCCAACUUGGAAGGAAGAAGUGGACGUUCGAAUCGACCUGCAUAA